ACCCUUCCUCUUGGUGGUAUGGGCAGUAUAAUUUUGUCAUUUACUGUCGGAACCGUGCAACUGAGCAGUCGCAGGCAGUGUUUCCACGUUGUAAGCUUUUGCUAAAUUUGUAAGCUUUUACGAUCAUUGUAAGUUUUUGAGUAAGCUUUAGCUUUUUGUAAGUUUUUUUAAAUAUUGUGUAAGUUUUUUCAGCAAAAUGGAACUAGAGUCAUAGAUUAGAUGGUCAAACUACUCCUGUACGCUCGACUCUCACUUUUCGCGAACUCCACUCGCUCCAACAGUGCUGCACCAAGCGGAUUUUGACUGGGAAAGGAUAGUAAGGAUAGCGUUUUGCAUUGCGGUUGAUGCACAUUGUCGGAGGGAUUGAGCCAUGGUGAGCGUUUAAAAAUCCGGUUCGCGAAAUGUGGCGUGGGGCGUGGUUUAUUUACAAGCGUUUAACAUGGAGUACUUUAACCAUCUAAUCUAUGACUGAUGGAACAUUUAGCCUUUUUGGCUGCUUUUGGGGCUGCAGAUGGCUGACUUCCGCAGGCGGUCUGGCAAACUUUAGUAUUAUACAGUGAGACAAGUGGUCUAAGCCAAUAGCAGAUGCAAAUUAGCAGACAAACUUUAGAUUUUAAAACUCAAUACUCAUACACCAUAUAUGAUAUUCCAAAAUUUCGAACGCGGUGGAUUCAUAUCCACAUGCGUAUGUUUAUACGAGAUUUCAUUAGUCUUAUUGAUUGGACUGUGCUCUGAUCCUUUAAUGCAGCAUGCAACUUAUCUCUAUUGUCUGUAGACUGGAUGAGUUAUGAAAUUAAUUAUAAAAGAGUUAACUCGUCUCUAGUGGAAAUAUCUAAUGCGGAUACAAGGUUUUAAAAAAAAAUAGUACACAAUUUAAAAAAAAAUAGUUUUAAAAAAUAAAAUGUAAGUUUUUCGACAAGUUUUCAAAAUUAGCGUAAGUUUUUUGCAAGUUUUUUAGGAAAAUAGCGUAAGUUUAAAUGUAAGCAUGGUCUAAGAACCCGAUCGUCCCGAUGUAAGCUUUUCAUUUUCUGGAAAGCUAAAAAAACAAACUUUAUCAGACAACGCUGCAAGCUUCCUCGUUGUUCAAAGUGGAAACACUGGUGAGACAAUGGAGACAUCAUUAGUCCUGAACUAUGACCCUGAGAUACCAACUAACUUUAGAGAUGAAGAUUGCCUGAAUUUUUCUGGUUCGCGUGGAGACGUUCUUAAGUUUCAUAGAAACACGGGCUAUUUUUAUUGUCGGAAAGUAGGACCACAGGGAGAAGUUCUACUUCAGUGUGCAUGCAAGCAGUUCAUGAUUAAGCACCACACGUCGAUAUGCAUUUACAAUGCAUCCGAGUACGAGAUGACGGAAACGUGUUGGCUUUCUAAUUGGUUCCCUCUUGGUGCUGGCGAUAAAUGGCACAAUCAUUGUCCACCCAGCCGUUUCUCUGUGGAGUUAAAUCUCUUUAAAUGGCAGGUGAACUUGGCAAUUGUCAGGAAUCGAAACAUUAAGUUGAUUAGGGAUGUUAUUGAUGAAAUAUAUCCAUCAUGGCCGUUUACUCUGACAUUGUCAAAAUGGCAAUUGAAUAAGCUAAUCUAUACGACAGAAGAUAUCAAGCUCCUUGACCAAGAAUGCGUCGACUCGAUGAUGGCGAUUUUGAUGACCUCACCAGAAUAUUGGGGACCACCUGUAGAGUCUAACAACCACAAGCGUCCUUUCAACGAAUCUCAACAGUGUUGUGAGGAAAUCAGCAAAAGGAGCAGAAUUACUGCCAGUCGCAGGUCGCCUAAAAAGAUGAAACGGUCUAACAACAAUGAUAGCGAUUACGAUACUGAGCCACUACCGGAAAAAUCUACAGAAACCAAAAGAUACGAAAUUGAUGAGCCCAUCGCAAGCGGAUCAGGUCACUGCGCUCCCCAGCAGAAGAAAUUCAUGCGGGACGUGCACAUACCGAACAUUUCUGAAUCUCGAAUAGAGAAUGUACCAGCUAAGCCGGGAUCGACAAACGGUAGUCCAAAAGGUCCUCUUUCACAGUGUCGAACAGCUGAAGAAAUAAAAAUUGAAACACCAGAAGAAGAUGAUCUGAAUCAAGUUUGUUUCGCUGAGACAUUCGUGAAACAAUCCCAAAUGAUUGGCAAACAGUCGGGCGUGGAUUUGUACGACGUUCCAUUCGAUAAAAGAAGCAUAUCACGCUCGGGUGUUGAACGCUUUGUGUUCGGGAAACCUGACCUUCUCAAGGAGCAUCGUACUGUCUUAAUUUUAGGAGCUAUCGGGACGAGCCAACCGAAAUUCAUCAACGCCAUAAUCAACUACGUGUUCUACGUUAGAGAUCAAGAUGAUUUUCGUUUUCAGAUGAUUGAAGAGAAAGAACCUGACCAAACGAAUUGCAUCCGCGUUUACGUUAUUCAUCACUCUGUAGGUUUUCGAAUUCCGUUUUCACUGACGAUCAUUCACACGCCCAGCUACAGGGAUGUGGAAAAUGGAGAACUAUUUCGACACCGAAAGUUAACUAGACUUUUUCGGGAGUUCUUUGAAGACGAACACGGCAUCGAAGAGCUGGAUAUGGUUUGUAACUUGCUGUUGAAAGAUGGAGCUAAUAGUUCGUUAUUAUCCAUUUUCGGUUACGACAUUGAAGAGAACGUCCACUGCUUUUUGCCGAAAGACGACAGUUUUCCCACAACAGAUUUCCUCCAGCGAUUUUUUUCCACGUUGGUGUCUAUGAAAACAAACUCUUUGAAGUUAACUAAAGAAGUCCUGCAUGUAAUGAAACGUCUAGAAAAGACGAUGGAAGCUUUUUUUCCGCUUGUAAAGUCUGGAUCUGCAAAGUUAGACGAGCUCAAGAAUGCCAGACAAAUAAUCAGCACCUGUCAGUCACAGAAGGAAAUAAACGGAAAAAUGGAGAACAAGUUUAAAUUGGAGACAGCCGAAGAAAAGUACAAGUCGGAAGUUUUGUGGAAGACAAUCCAGUCGGGAGGGCAUGAAUUGGUCAGUUUGCUGAGGACAGAUUUCAGCGGAAUCGUCCAGGCCGUGCUGGAACAUUACGAGAUUGCUUCUGACUCCAUCCAGCAACUGAAAAGAAUUUCACGUGGAAACCCAUUUCUGACGCAAGAGCUGUACGACCUUCUUUUCGAAGUUGAGCAAAAGUUGAAGCAUUUCGGCCAUGGGGGAGAGAAUGAAGCUUUGAAAACAGUUGGAUUGCACUCAAUCUAUCAGUCAGCGUCAGAAGGAGUGAACUGCAAUGGGGUUCAGACUCAUCCUGUGUUGGAUAAAAUGUCCUUAUUGGUGCUAAAGGAGACAACGGAGCUGAUCGAUAGUUCCUUUCAUUCUUAUGGAAAACGUAGACCUCUAGCCCUGCGGAAACGGACAACGGAACCAUGACAACCUGUUCCUGCCCUGACCUGGAUAAGUAAAGAUCGGCAGUAUCGCUCAUGUAAGAGGAUUGUCAACUGUAUUUGGAAGCAAAGAGGAAAUGGAAAAGACACAUGCACUCACUGGACCGGCUGGAAAAAAGACUGACGCUGAACCUUGUAGAGCUUAUCAUCACAUUUUAUAUAUUUAUAAUGUGAUGACAUGAGCCUAGUCAACCACUAGACAAUCAACAAAAUGAGAAUGUGGGAUAAAAUGAUGUUACGUGAUGACCAGAAAAUCAGGAAGAUUGAAAGGAAAAAAAUCAUGAAAAACUAAAAGAAACAAACCAAGUGAGAAGCCACUCAUGAAAAUUUGUUAAACUUGACGUCGAAAAGUCAACUUUGCUUCGCUUCGAACUAAUUGAUUUUGACUGAAAACGCUGGGGAAAAAAACAUGGUGAUUGGAUACCUGCAAGCAAUUAGCCGAUACAUCUGUGAAAUGAUAACACCCAACGGUCUGUCACAAGUUUUCAAAUCGAGAUGUACAUGUCUCAUUCACUAAUAUAUGAAUGUGGGCUUUUGUCAAACGA